AUGUUAGUCACUCGUUCAUGCAUCGUUGACCCAAAUCCGUCGCCCGACAGUCUGGAAGUCACCCCCUUAGUGACUCCCAAUAGUCCAGAUUUUCCGUCUCUCGGGUCCGCAGUCGAGCUGGUCGCUACUGAUGCACCCGCUCGUGCAGAGUACACUAAGCCAUACACAAGUAUAUUUGCACCAGUGCCAAAGCCCUUACCGCUACGCCCUUCAUUUGGGGUAGACUUGACUAGCCCUACCAGGCGUCGUGCAUCCGACGGGCGCCUUCGCGAACCUUCUGCUGGUGGGGAGGAACGCGCAAAGGCUCUGGGGACUGUUAGGAAGAUGUUGGAAGAAUUGCGCGUUUCGCCAGACCAGCAAUCUAUUCCUCCUUCACUUACGAAGAACGGUGCUUGGACUCCGAUGGAUCUCUAUAUUCCACCUUGGAAAUUAAACCGGUCGCGCGAGUCAACAUCGAAGCUUGAAGACACUUCGAACUCAUCCGCGACCAAGCAGGUCCCAAAGGUCAAUCUCAACGACGAAACUCUGGAGGAGGACGAACAGCUCGCAAUGCUCGAGGACCUCGAUAAGGAGGAGACUAAAACGACUGUAUGGGACAGCAUACAUGAAGCCGUCCGAGUUGUCGAGAAACUUGAGGGGCCCAACUGGCCGUCUUGGAGUUUCUGGAUUCAGCGUAAAGUUUGUCGGGCCAAAAAGAAUAUUUGGGGACAUAUCGACGGAUCCCGUUCUCGCGAAUCUUCGGACGAGUGGGACGCCGACGAAACUGCGAUCCACUGCGCCCUUCUUUCGUCUUUGAAUUUUGACAUUAUCUCUGACCAGGUUCGAAGCUGUACGACCGCCAAGGAAGUCUGGGAUCUUUUAGAACUGCUUUACAAGGACAAGCCUACUCCUGAGAGCCGAGCUGUGGAUUUGAUCAGGGAGAUGACCAGGAUGACUUACUUUGAGGGACAUGAUAUUCAGCACUACUUGCAUCGUUUCGAGGGGAUCGUAGAUGAACUGAACCAAGGGCCCUAUCCUAUUCCACUGGAACUAGCUAAGCAGUUUGUAUUGGGAUCGUUGCCGGGUGCACUCUUGAAGGAUAUGGGCUUGCUGCGCACCAAGGAGCACACAUCAAUCCAGGACCUUUGUCAGGAUAUAAUGAUGCUCAAGAAAGAAACCAUCUCCGAAGAUUGCUCGUCGGUAACUUCUCAACACAACGUUGGCGCUUGCCUACCCUUGGACUUGAGAUACUACAAGUAUACCGGAGACGGAGUUCUCCCCGACGGCACACUCUAUCUUCGAGCCAAGAAGACUUGUGGAGCAUGCCUAUCAUUUGGACACAAGGCGUAUGCGCCUGAUUGUCCUCAGACCGAGGCCAGAUUGGGGCUGUGGGGAUCUCAAAAGGACGCACAGAGGCCAUGGGAUCGACGCUCCGCUCAUCGGCCUGAUUGGUCUGAAACCAGCAAUAAUUCUAGGCAGGCUUUAGGAGUAUACAAUGGUCGGGUUAGCCGCCCGACGACCCCUGGUGGUGGUCGAGAUCAGGAGCGGAUGCGUGCUGUGUCUGGGGGACCGGAUCGCACGCGCACCACGUCAGCUGGAUGGAUGUCGGCUCGUAGCGGGCGCAUUUCGCCUAUAUCCAAGGUGCCGUCUGGGAGUUCGGGAGUUGUAAGCUCCAGGUCUGGCAACGGACUGUCUGCUAUUGAAUUAGAUUCUUGGCGGUGA